AUGAGAAUGGAACGUCCAGUUGUAGUUUUGGACAACGGUGCAAGCGUUACAAAAAUUGGUGAAACUGGCGAUGAAGCUCCAUGGACUAUGCCUUCAAUCGUUGGAAGACCGAAACCUUGGGGUCCGAAAAUGAGCCAAACUCACUACCUAAACAACGAAAUUGCUUCAAACUGGGAAGAUCUUAUAUUUUCUUAUGCGAAACUUGAUCGGCAACGAUUGAAUCCAGAAGAAAUAGAAAUUAUCUGGGAAAGGGCAUUUUUGGAGGGACUUGGUGAGCUUCCAAACGGCCGAGAACUCAUUCUCACAGAAGACUACCUCACACCACUAAGCUCGAGAUUUCUUACUUCUGUAACACCGCCUCUGAGUCUUUAUGCUGCUGGCAAAGUUACAGGGGUCUCAGUUCACGGGGGAGAUCUGACAACAACCAUCUGCUCCGUCUUCGAUGGAAUUAUUUUGCCUUCACAGACGAGACUCUUCGAGGUCUCAGAUCGGACUAUUAGAAACGCUGCGGAAAUGCGAGCAGAUCUUCAUACUGAAAUGCAGACGGAAGAAGAAGUCUCAGCUCAGUACAAACACACGAUGGAACUCUUCAUGAAAAAUAAGAUCAACGAGAAAAACGUAUACAAGCUCAACUUGAACCUUGCGUCGACUCUUUUCAAAAAAUCCAACGAGGCCAAAGUUGAUUUUGCGGAAGCUGCGACUGCUUUGGACGGAGCAACAAAAAUCUGGUGCUACAAAGUCGAUGCUAUUUAUAAUGAAGCUUGUCAGAUUACGAAAGACCUGGUUGAUGCAAAAGAAGCAGAAGCUGAUCCAGACGAUAGUCAGCCUGGAGAUUCUCAAGAUGUGGCGUCAAAAAAGAAGCAAACAAAGAAAAAGCGACUGAAGCUUCUUUACCCAGAUCCGACUCCGAUCUCGAACAAAAAAGUUGAUCAGCUGAAAGACCCUUACGCUUUGGAAGUAGCUUCGAAACUCGACAGUGCAACUGACAUUUCCAAGCUUCGCAUCCAGAACCAACAGUUAGAAUCAUUCAAUGAUCUGAAACUCGUUCCAAACGAGUCAAGCUCCAGAAUCAAAAAGAAAGACGACGAACCGAGCAACAAUUUGCCUGUCUUCAGCUUUGAAUUGUUCGAAGACGUGAUUAAUGCAGGCGAAGAUCUCUUUGUCGACAUUCAUCAGCAUCCAAACUUCGCGGGAAGCUUUGACAAAAACAUAAUCGAAGAUCGGCUGAAAACACCCGCCGCACCUGCUCCCUCCCAAUCGCAGCAACCUGCAUUUGAUCCAGAAGACGAAGAAUCUAUUAUUUUCGCCGCCCCUGACCUCAACGACUUCGGUGACGACUUGGACUUGCCCGAGUCUGAAAAUUUUGAAGCCGCACCUGACCUUGUCUGCCCGCCGAGUAUCGACCCUGAAAAGCUAUUUGAAGAUCUUGGCGAAGAAGUUGCCAGUGAAGUCUUGCCACCUCCGACUCCCACCAUUCCAAUGACGCCGCUACCGCAAAUUGAUUAUGAACAGACUGCCGUGCAAACGGAUAAUCUUGACGAUUCUGUUUUGGAUAAAAUUUUUGAGUCCAGGCGCGAGACCCACAGAUUUCGCGUACCACGAAUUCCUCCAAAAAUUCAAGCGAUUGUGAAAAAGAACGAAGCCCUUGCGCAAGGAAAAGAGCCUAAAGCAAAGAAACUUCGGGUUUCAAAGAAACUUGCGAAGAAAACUCCCGAGAAAAAAACAAUUUUCACAGAGUUCGAGCAACAAGCGCAAGGAAUGAUCAACUUGUCCAUCUACAAGUUGACUCAGAAGACGAAGAUCAAAGAAGAUGCAGCUGAAGCUACAUUUAUGAAAAAUCCAGGAGUCGAGUUGCCAAUAAGUCGCAAGACGCGAUUCUUGCACUUCAAACUUCGGACUUCUAUUCCGUUCAAAAAGCUAGAGAAAGUUGGUGAUGGAGAAGAUGAAAUCGAACCGCUCGACUUAGACCAAGCAGAUGAAGAGGAGCAAAUAAGCGACGAGUUCGUUCCGGAGCCCAUCGAAUACGAUAACAUAGAAGAUGGACCCAUUGAAGAUUUCGGUGCUAUUUUCGACUCUCAGGAUGAAGAAGAGGGACCUCCAACAGUGGUUCCCGAAGAUAUCCUUCCAAAGCCAACGUUUGGCGAUGACAAUCUUCUCCAGCGAAAAACAGUUGAGAAGCUAUUUAUCAACUUCGACCGUCGUCCUCGGCGAGUGAAUGUCCGACGCGUCAAGGGGCAGAUGAAGAGUUUGAUUGAGAGCGACGCAAACGCUACGCAAUCGAGACUCGACGAGAGCGCCUUCGAAAAUGAAGAAGAGCAAGUCUAUCAGUUUUCGAAGUUGAGAAACGAGUUGGACGAAUGUCUUGAUGGAGAUGACAAGAAAAACCUGACAACAAGCAUGUCGCUCGUUUGUCUUCUUUAUCUCGCAAACGAACAAGACUUAGAGCUUGUCCAAGAAAGCGGCAACUUCAAGGACUUCAAGAUCAAGACAUCGACUGAAUAA